AUGCAGGCGUGUGUGGUCCCGCGUCCGAUCGGAUGGAUCUCCACUCAGAACAAGAGCGGCCAAGCCAACUUGGCUCCGUACUCGCAGUUUAAUAACUUGACGUUCGACCCACCGUACGUGAUGUUCUCGUCCAACCAGACGGUGACGGGCGAUCGCAAGGACACAGUCAUCAAUGCCGAGCAGACCGGCAAGUUUGUCUGGAAUCUGGCCACCUGGGACCUUCGCGAAGCGGUUAACAUCUCCGCCGAGCAAGUCCCCUACGGUGUGGACGAGUUCACCCGGGCCAACGUGACCAAGGAGCCCGCGACCUUGAUGGACGUUCCCAUGGUGCAGGAAUCCCCGGUGAAAUUCGAGUGUGAAUAUCACACCACGAUCCGACUACCGGGUAACCCCCCGAUGGGCACGGUGGAUGUAGUCAUUGGAAAGGUGGUUGCCGUUCAUAUCAAAGACGAGGUGUUGACCGAUGGGAAGUUGGAUAUUCGGAAGACCCAACCCAUCGCUCGCUGUGGAUACUAUGAGUACACAGUGGUGAAAGAAACAUUUGACAUGGUGAUUCCGGGAAUGUCAGAGGACGUGCUGUAUGGGUUGGAAGGAAACGCGAAACGCAAUCGCGAGGUCCAAUCACAGGAGGUGAAACCGGGUGGCCAAUAA